CUCAGUUUUCAUUUUUCAAUCGAGAAACGCGAACGAUCAGAAAAUGCAAAUGGCGUACGGUAGGCGAACGUAGUGAUUUUCUGUGCUGGUGAAGUUUUUGUCCCAAAAUACAUUCUGCGCGAUGUAUUAGCGGGAAAUUCUACGAUAAGUGAUAAGUUGAUGUGCUGCCGAUUUCAAAAAUACUGGAGUACCGUAGGAAAGUGAGUGAUUCAUGGCGCAGAAGAACCGCUGAAAAACUGUCGCCUUUUGCAACAAACUGUUUUUCGCAUCAAGCGAGUGAAAAAAUAUCAAACGCAGCAAAAACUUUGGCUGGCCGGUGAAAUUGAUAGAUUUCAAGACUGCUUGGAUGCGACAGUAUGGAUGAUUUGUUAACCGGGUUCGAAAAGUGAUUGAAGAACUCGCAAAUACGGAAUUUGUUGUUCAGAAAAAAUUGGCGCUUGGUCACAGCGGAUCUGAAAAUCGCGUCCGUUCACUACACUGCACUGUUGUCGAUCUCUCUACAAAUAAAUGAAAAAUGAAUGACAUAAGCACAAACAACAAGGAAACUGUCCUUUCCGGACCAUCCGCCUGGGAACAGUUGACAAAUCCUGCUUUGGCCGAACAGCAUCAACAGCAGCAGCAGCAACAACAACAACAACCGCAACAACAACAGCAGCAGCAGCAACUCCAAAUCCAGCAUCAAAGUAUACCCCAAUCACACCAUCAACCAGUGCCACAGCAGCAUAAUGUAGCACCCCAGCAUCAUCAAAUGCAUCUUCCGCAUUCUCAGCAGGGGCUUGCACCCCUGCAGCAGCAUCCCAUGGUUCAGCAGCCUCAUCCACUUCCAAAUCAAACACCGCUGCAUCAGGCGACAAGCCCAACUUCAACGGUCGCCCCAAUGACUCCAACUAAAACUACUCCUCCCGAUAUGUCCCAUACCCCGCAGACGACACCUGGACCUAAUCAAACCCCAGGACCCAGUUACUCUGAGGAUCUUCAUCCGGAGCUCAUCAAUCAAGGGUGGCGCAAGUUUUGGUCCAAGAGAGAGGGACGCCCUUAUUUCUGGAACAAACUAACCGGUGAAUCUCUUUGGGAACCACCGAUGCUCAAUAGGGGAACGCAACCGUUUGAUCCACUGACAGAUCCCUUGGGAAUAUGCCAUUCUGGUCAAAAUGGACCAGCCCCGCAUCAGAAUAAUAACGCACUCAAACGGAGGGCCUCUGAGGAUGCGCAAAAUCAUCACCAGCAGCAAAACCAGGGAACGGGUGGCCCUCCGCCGUUGAAAAAGUACGUUUUGCCGGGCCCCUGGGAUCUGGAGAUUCCCACUAAUGUCGUAAUGUACGAUCGCAUUCCAACAAUGUUUCCCCAUCCCUACCCGGAAGUGGAAGCCAUGCGUGGAGUUCUCACUGUGCGAUUGUACAAAACCUAUGAAGAUCUCUGCACGAAACGUGAAUCUAUCAAUCCUCCGGCAGGGUCGUUUAAUCGCUGGCUAAUGGAGCGAAAGAUUAUUGACCACGGGUGUGAUCCGAUGCUUCCAAGCGUGUGCCAGCCGGAAAUAUCGCAGCAAAUGUAUAGGGAAAUCAUUCGGGAUAUUCCCAUUAAAAUUGUCAAACCAAAGUACACCGGCGAUGCGCGGAAGCAAUUGUCACGGUACUGCGACGCGGCCAAAAAAAUUGUCGAGCGCCGGUCCGCUUCUGUCGAGAGCAAAAAAGUAGUCAAGUGGAAUGCCGAAGAAACAUACGAGUGGUUGCGGAAGACGGUUGGAGCCAGUUACGAAGAUUUCCAGGAUCGAUUGACGCAUCUGAGGCGACAGUGUGAACCGCACAUUAUUGGCACUGUGCAAAAUAGUGUCGAGCAGCUUUGCACCAAGAUUUAUCAUCUGUCGGCACAGCACAGCAAAGCCAUCCGCGAUCGACACAGCCAAGUGCUGAAAGAAAGCGGCAUCCAGGAAUUGACCCAGCCGCUGCAGCCCCCCUUGAUGCGGAAGGUGUGGUGCUACCCUGUGCAGUUUGCAAUUCCAACACCACGAAUGCCCCAGAUUGAGUAUAAUACAGAUCGAGAGCAUAUGACUAUUAAAUACACCCACACUUCACUUUCGGGGCCAGACACACAUACCAUCAACAGUUCUCAUCUGCAGAAGCUGGAGCAACUCUAUCGUUACAAUUGCUUUGACGAUAAAAAAUUUGAUUUUUUCAUCGGUCGGGUGUACUGCAUGCUGAAGCGCUACUCAACCUUUUUGUGCAACAUCAGCCCAAACCAACAAGAACCGGAGCUGACACAAGCAGCCCUCCCGGCGGUAGUUUUCGAGUGUCUCCAUCAGCACUUUGGCGUUACCUUCGAGUGCUUUGCCAGCCCGCUUAACUGCUACUUUCGGCAGUACUGUUCAGCCUUCGGAGACACUGAUUCCUACUUCGGAUCACGGGGAUCGUUUCUAGAGUUCAAACCGGUGUCCGGUUCGUUUCAGGUGAAUCCGCCAUACUGUGAAGAGUUGAUCGAUGCAACGUUGCAGCACAUCGAUCGAUUGCUGACCGAUUCCCCGGACCCGUUGAGUUUCAUCGUUUUUCUACAAGAGUGGAAAGAACCGGCCCUACAAUGCCUGUCGAAGAUUGAGGAUAGUCACUUCAAACGUAAACAGGUAGUCGUGAUGGGAAUGGAGCACGAGUAUCGUCAUGGACUGCAACACUGUAUACCAAAGUCGGAUGUGAACUUCAAAAGCAUCCACGGUACCAUGGUCGUAUGGUUGCAAAAUAACGCUGGUUUUCAGCGGUGGGGCCCGACCGAGGCCCGAGUUGAUGCUUUACUGGAAGCGUUUCGUCCAGGUCGGGAACGGGAACGCGACAAAGUAGUACCUGCAAGCAGCGGAACGACACCAGCUACUGCAAGUAGCCCUCCGGAAACGCCCAGCGGUAACGCUCACCCGGCUGAACCCGGGUCUGCCACACCCAAAACCCCACAAACACCAACCGUUUAAUAAGGCGAUACAUUGGCGUGCGUUUUGCGAUCCAACAUUAUUUUAAUUUGUUGCAACCAGCUAACAAAGCAAUAGACGAACAAUAGUAGAAGACUAUAACAAACAACAAGUCAGUUACUCCCAGUUUUGCUCUACACACACAUACAUUCUGAUGAUUCAAGCAAGUUAGAUGAAAAGUAGCUUUCUAGCAAAUAAUACAGACAGUUUAUGCUCUACAGCAGACAAGUUUUUGGUUCGCAGCACGUUUCUCGGUGUGGCCGAAAAUACUUUUAACGCCAACAUCCAAGUCAGUACGCUAUUGAAACAUACAUAUUUUAAUCCUUUAAUGUAUAGCGAAAUUGUAAAGUGGAUACCCUUUUGCCUACGAUAGUGAAAAUGGGCAAACUAAAAACUUAGUUGUACUAUUUGUUGUUGAUUCUUUUUAAUCGAGUCGAGUAAGCCGGUUUGUCGUACGCCGAGCGCCGAACUGUUAGGAAAUUCUUCUAGCGGUACACUAAGGAUAAUGCUAUGAUUAAGGCUAGAUGUAAAGCUAUUACCUAUUGAUAGGGAAUUUGGGCGCGACUACGGUGCAAGAGGACGUGUAAAAUCAAAUUCGUAGUAAGCAGAGGAUUAAACCUCGGUUGAUGGUGAUUUUUUUUUCCAGCGAGCGAAGGAAAAAAAGAGUCCUAUAUGUGGCAAUUUGUUAUUUGUUUUCAAAACAUUUGUGGAGAUUUUUAUAUUAUUUUAAAUUUAUUUUAUAUAAAAUGCAAACACACAGACGCGCAUAUUUUUACUGUAGUAAUGCCGAGCACAGAUAUUUAUGUGUAACCAGUCCGGUGAAGCUUAAUCUAACGAAACAAAAAAGAAACACAAAACGCGACCAAGUGAAUCUUUUUCUUCUUCUAGCGCUGAAGCUGACUAUAAAUAGGCAAGUGAAUAGAUGUUCUGAUAGUUUCUAGUUUAUUCGACUUCAGGAAUUUAUUUCUAAUAGUUUUUCGAUGUAGUAAUCUCGUUGAAAAAUUAUUUGAUGUACAAAUCUAAUCCAUGAUAGUGUGGACAUAUUCGAAUGUUAAGAAAAUAUAUGCGGAAAAAACGCUGAAA